AUGACAAUUAAUACAAAUGCACUACUAAAAUCAACAAGUAAAAGCUAUGAUUUGAUUUUAGGAGAAACUACUUCAUUAUGUGAUUACUAUUUGUUCAAAGAAGGAUCUGUUCUCUGUCAGAAAUGUAAAGAAGGAUCUGUUCUUAUUAACAAUGUUUGUUAUAUAUCUCAAGACAUUCCACAUUGUACAAACUAUGUUAAAACAACAUCUGGAAUUGGAUGUCGAGAAUGUUCAUAUGGAUAUUAUUGGAAACAAGGAACUUGUUCUAAGUGUUCUGAAAGUAAUUGCAUUGUCUGUAAAGAUAAUGACGGUACAUGCAUUGAAUGUAAUGAAGGAUAUAAAUUAAUGAAUGGAGUAUGUACUGCUGUUACUCCUGAAAGUACAAAGUGCCUUUAUUUCAAAGAUCAUUGUUAUAAAUGUUCUAAUCACCUAUCGGUGUUAUUUGAGUCUACCAAUUAUUGUGCCACAUGUGACGAUGAGUGCUCUAGUUGUAAAAUCACUACCGACCGAUGUACUAUAUGUAACAUAGAUAAAAAAUAUAUUUCAGUAUCAGGACAAUGUUCUCUUGACCAAACAGCAGAUUUAGUUUCAAAUGACAAUAUUAUUUCAUGUACGUCUAAUUAUUAUUUAAAUUCUAGAGAAUGUGUUGCUUGUUCAAAGAAAUUUAAGGAUUGCAAUACAUGCACUGAAAAAACAUGUACUAGUUGUUCUUCUCCCAAUGCUAUUAAUAAAGAUGGGUCAUGUGAAGUGGAUCCAAAUUGUAAAGUGUAUGAAAACAACCAAUGUUCUGUUUGUAAAGAUGGAUAUUUCAAAACAUCAGAAGGAAUUUGUUCUAGUUGUGGAACUAAUUGUAUUAAAUGUACAGAUUCUGACUUUUGUCUUGAAUGUAGUGAUUCAUAUUAUCUAACAACCAUGGGAAAGUGUACAGUCAAUGAAUUACCAAAUUGUGAAUAUAGUUCUACCAAAGGAUGUACUCGUUGUUUUGACCACUUUUAUCUUGACUCUGAUGGAAAUUGUCAACCGUGCAGUAACACAUGUCUAACAUGUUUUAAAAAUGCUUCUUUUUGUACUUCUUGCCCAACAGACUAUUACUUGGAUCAAAGUACAUGUGUUACUGAUAAAAAUAACUCUGUUAAAUGCUCACAUAUAUUACCAGGAGGUAAGUGUGCUAUUUGCAAUAUUGGUUAUUAUAACUUAAAUAGUAAUUGUCAUGAAUGCUCAGUAAACUGCACCACAUGUCAACGGGAAGCUAGCGGUUGUAUUGAGUGUGGAGAAAAUUAUUAUCGUUCAUCAUCACAAAACAAAUGUUUAUCACAAGAUGACCUUGUUUAUUGUAUUUCAAAAAAUUCAUGGGGUUGUUCUAAAUGUCUUGAUGGAACAUACUUGUACAAUGGUGAGUGUUAUUUGUGCCCACAUAAUUGCACGAAUUGUAUAUCAUCAAGUGUUUGUAGUUCAUGUGGUAACGAAACAGUAUUGAGAAAUGGAAAAUGUGUACCAUUAGAAGCAAUUGUCAAUUGUAUAGAAACAUCAAAUAGUAAAUGUUCUAAAUGUUCAUUAAAUUAUAAACCAACAGAACUUGGAGAUUAUUGUGAAUUCCAUUUAAAUGUUUUAAUUGUUAUUCUUCCAAUUAUUGGAUUUAUUAUUAUUUUAAUUAUUGUUCUUUGUAUGGCUAUUAUUCUCAUUAAUUCUAUUACUAGAUACACUGCAAAUAAACAACGAGAAAAAGAAUUUACUUCAUUUAAAAUGUCUAAUUCAUCAAUUCACUUUGUUCCAUUAUCAAACGGAAGCUACUUGAUGGUCAAUAAGAAAGAAAUAAACUUUACUGAAAAUAGUGUGAUUCCUGUAGGUCAAGAAACUAAAACAUUAUUGUGUAUUGGAAAUACAAAUAGAGUUAUAAUGAAAGUACAAAUUACUAAUAAAACUGAUUGUGAAAGUAAAUAUGGAAUAAGAAGUGAACCACAACUAGCAUUUAUUAAACCAGGAAAUGCAGUUGAAUUUAAUUUAUUUGUAAAACCAUAUUGCACUUGUAAAGUUGAUGAUCCAAUUCUUAUUGUCUCUUCAGAUGUUAAAAAUAAUAAAGAAAAAAUAUAUCAACUCCAAGUAAUAUUUGAAACACAAAUAUCAACACGACUUGAUCCAGAUGAAAUAAAAGAAGAAAAGAAAAUAGGAGAAGGAUCAUUUGGAAUAGUAUAUCUUGGAACGUUCAAAGGCAAUAAAGUUGCAAUUAAGAAAAUGAAACAAAUUGAAGAAAAUGAAAAUAAAAUGAAAGAAUUUGAGAAAGAAGUAAUGAUGUUAGAUAAAUUUAGAAAUGAAUAUAUCAUUCAUUUUUAUGGAGCAGUAUUUAUUCCUAAUAAAAUAUGUAUGGUAACAGAAUAUGCAGAACACGGAUCAUUACAAGAUAUAAUUAAUAAAAAAACAGAGAACGAAAUACCAAUGAAUCUAAGAAUUAAAUUUAUGAUAGAUGCUGCAAAAGGAAUAGAAUAUCUUCAUUCAAAUGGAAUACUACAUCGAGAUAUUAAACCAGAUAAUUUUCUUGUUGUAUCACUUGAUGAUAACAUUGAAGUUAAUUGUAAAUUAACAGAUUUUGGAGCAUCAAGAAAUGUUAAUAUGAUGAUGACAAAUAUGACAUUCACAAAAGGAAUAGGAUCACCAAAAUACAUGGCACCAGAGGUGUUGGAUAGAAAACAUUAUAAAAUGCCAUCAGAUAUAUAUUCCUUUGCAGUUACAAUGUUACAAUGUUUUACAUGGCAAGACCCAUUUCCUAAAACACAAUUCAAAUUUGCUUGGGAUAUAGCUGAUUUAGUGGCUAAUGGAAAAAGAACUAACCAAAUUGAAAAAGUAACAAAUCAACAAAUUAAAGACUUGAUUAUUAGAAGUUGGGAACAAGACACUAGAAAAAGACUGAAUAUUACUGAUAUUUUAAAUAAGUUAAAAACUAUAGAAAUUGAAAAUUAA